AUCAACAUCAUCUAUCUUUACAUGCUUUAACUGUGGAGGUGCCGCCUGUCUGUCCGAUCAGCUGAUCGCCUCAGCACACGGACCAAAACAGCUAACGCUAGCUUAACGUAGCCGGUGGUUAAAGUUAUGAAAGGACAUGGCGAUUUAACACCGUAUGACAAGAUCCUGGCCUUGGUAAGGAAUUGAGAACAUCUGGCCACCAACCAGAUUGAAAGCUUUAAGUGGAGAAUAACUAUGUCUUAUCUCUGAGAAUGGGAGGAAGUGGAUCCAAAGCAAAAGGUGUCUGGCCUUUCUCAGGCAGUGGAGCUGGAGGGGAUACAGGCAGUGAUGGGAACGAGCAGUCUCUGGCCCGUCUCAAAGGUUCCAGAAAUGCCACGCCGUUUGUUUUUACCAGAAGGAGUUCUUUGUACUAUGACGAGGACGGUGACCUUGCACAUGAAUUCUAUGAAGAGACGGUGGUGACAAAAAAUGGCAGAAAAAAGUCCAAGUUGAAGAGGAUCCAGAAAAAUCUGAUUCCACAGGGUAUUGUGAAGCUCGACCACCCCUGUAUACAUGUAGAUUUUCCCGUCGUCCUCUGUGAGGUGUGAAAAGUUGCACAGGACUGAUCUACUAUGAAGUACAGCCACAGGUACUCUUCCCGGAGCAAAGUCUUGUCCCAGUGUCCAUGCAUUACAGUCAAGACUGGAGCUGUGGUCUGGAGAGAAAAAGGAAAAUUAAAGCUGUCAUAUUACACUGAUUCAUUGAAUGAAAUGUUAUACAUUUGAAUUCAACUAUGGUCAGAGGAUGCGCUGUUCACACAAAUCCAUAUUUUGAUAUUCACAAAAGUAGUGUUGGUACAGGUUGUGUGUCCACUACCCAGCUGAUAUGUAAGCAGUUGUAGAGAAUACAUCGAAUGAAGCUGUAUUUCUCUUGUGAGUUUUUUUGCAGGGAAAAACAUCCUUGAUGUGAAAAGGCUUUAACAGUUUAUGCCUUCUGUGAGACGUAGAGUGAAACUGUAUGUGUCUUUGUGUGUGUACAUGUGUGCACUUAGGUUUGUCUGAGUGAGUGUCUGUGAGAGGGGGAAUGAAGAUGUAGUGACAGGGUAGAAUAAUGAAGGAUUGUGAAAUUUAUUGUAUAUAUGGUCAUGUUCUGUAUUGUCAUGUCUGAGUCUGUCUCAGUUAUCGGAGCUCAGACCUGCACUAGUGAACAUAAUGUACUGUAAAUACUAUCAGAUUUCUUAGUUGGAAAUACUUGAAUAAAUGGUUUACUGAGCUGAA